GCAAGAGAUUAAGCCGAGUACUGGUUUAGUGAUUCGACUAUGCUCUGGCUUAACGGUGGUAGAGAGGGGGUUGUGUUGUGCAUUGCUGGCAAGAAAGGAAAAUAUUGAAAGGUGGUUAGGCGAAUGUUCAAGGGAAAUAAAGGGGAAGGUUGUGCAACAGUUGUCUCAUCUCAGCGUGGAGGUGUUCUCAAACUGUUCUCAAAAAAUACAAAAAUAUUGGCCUACAGCUACAAUGGGAUUGGCCAGAGUGGAAGUCAGAGGGCGGCGGGCGGCAGAGCCAUCUGAGCCAGAGUCCGCCCCUGCACAGGAAGCACCACCAGCCCCUGCCCUGCCUGCUCACCACCCCAGCCACAACUUCAACAACAUGAAGACCAAGUUUAUGAAUGAGCUGGGCAGACUGCCAAUUCCUAUGUGGGCAGUUGGAGCCAUUGUGGUGGUGGUCCUGGCAUUAGUAGGCUGCUUUGUCUUCUGUGUUGUGAAAAAAUGCUUUGGCAAGAAGAAGAAAGCAAAGAAAGUGAGGGAGAGGAAGGCUGGCCGCAGACGGAGGGGAGGUGCAGAGGGUGAAGGCGAAGGUGCAGAGAAGGAAGAAGGAGAUAAGCAAGAAGGGGCAGGGGAGGAGAAGGAACGGGAGAACUUAGGGAAGCUUGAAUUCACUCUGGACUACAAUUUCACUGAUACCCAGCUGAUAGUAGGAAUCCUCCAAGCCCAGGACCUGGCUGCUAUGGACAUGGGGGGAACGUCUGACCCCUACGUAAAAGUAUACCUGCUCCCUGAUAAAAAGAAGAAGUAUGAGACCAAGAUCCAACGCAAGAAUCUGUGUCCAGUGUUCAAUGAAACCUUUAUCUUUAAGAUUCCUUAUGCAGAGCUGGGUGGGAAGACUCUGGUAUUGCAGGUCUUUGACUUUGACCGUUUCUCCAAGCAUGAUGUCAUUGGCGAGAUUAAGAUUCCCAUGAACAGUGUGGACUUGGGCCAACCGUUACAUGAAUGGAGGGAUCUUGAGAAUGGAGAAAAAGAGGAGCAAGAGAAGUUGGGUGACGUCUGCAUCUCUCUGCGUUAUGUCCCCACGGCUGGUAAACUUACAGUCAACAUCAUGGAAGCCAAGAACCUCAAAAAGAUGGAUGUUGGUGGCUUAUCAGAUCCUUUUGUGAAGAUUGUACUGCAACACAAUGGGAAGCGACUGAAGAAGAAGAAGACAACAGUGAAGAAAAACACACUCAAUCCCUACUUCAAUGAGAGCUUCAGCUUUGAGAUUCCAUUUGAGCAGAUACAGAAAGUGCAGGUUGUGAUAACAGUGUAUGACUAUGACAAACUGGGGAGCAAUGACCCCAUUGGCAAACUCUUCAUUGGCUACGGGGCCACGGGAGUGGGGCUCCGCCACUGGUCAGACAUGCUGGCCAAUCCAAGGCGCCCUGUUGCUCAGUGGCAUACUCUACAACCUGAAGAAGAAGUGGAUGCUGCCCUCAAGGGACCCCAUCGCUAACCUACUUUUUCUUCAGUUCUUGGUUGUGAUUUGAUUUGUAUUCUAUUGAAAAACAGCCAGAUUGCUCUAAAUACUUUCCUCUUCCUUUAAAAAAUAUUGAAUUGGUUUCUUUUGUAUGUAUUUUUGUUUCUUGUUUUCUGGUUUCUGGUUUUUACUGUAUUUGUACUUUUGUGUCAUUUUUGUUAUUUUGUUACAUUCCCUUCCAUUUUCCUCAGUGACCACGAAAAUGUUGUAUCUCCUAUGGUGUGUGAAAAUAAAGUGUGUGAAUGUAUUCUGUGUGUGUGCGUGUGUGUGCAUGCUUGUUUCUGCUUUUUUUCUCUGUAUAUAGUCAGGGUGUUCUUCUCAAAUAGACAGCACAAAUGCUCAGUAAAAUCACUUUCACUUGAAUGCUUUCUCUGUAAAGAUUUUUGGGAGAAAACUGUUGUCAAAUAAAUGAUUUAAUUGUCAA